CGGAAUGUUAUUCUUAUAACUUAUUAUAGUUAGUGAGUAACACUCAUUAUGAGUGGUCUAGUACGAGUAAUCUGUGUUGCAUUCCUAUUUUUUAACUACGAAACCAAUGCAGCAAAAAUACUUGCUGUCUUUCCCUCACCUUCUAUAAGCCAUCAAGUGGUUUUUCAGCCUCUCACGAGAGAAUUAGCGCGACGUGGCCAUGAUCUGACUGUGAUCACAACCGAUCCUGCAUUUACCAAAGAAAACAUAUCAAAUUUAAGAGAAAUAGACGUCCAUGAUGUGUCAUACAACAAUAAUUUUAAAGAGGAAUUUGUCGAACAAGAGAAAUUUGGAGAAAAGAGCAACAUAUUUAAUCAGAUAAUACACGCGAUGUCUUUGAUGCUUAAUGUGACCACAUUGCAAAUAAAAGUUGAUGAGAUACAAAAUCUGAUCAACAAUAAGGAUACAAAAUUUGAUCUGCUAUUGAUAGAGGCUUGGACACGACAUGCGUUGAUAUAUUCGCAUAUAUUCAAGGCUCCUGUGAUUCUUACAAGUUCUUUCGGGUUGAUGAUAGGCAACGAUGAAAACUUGGGUGUUCCGAUGCAUCCAAUCCUGUAUCCAAUGGCAAUUCAACAGAGGUUGUAUAAUUUAACGUUUUGGGAGAAGUUUGAUAUGCUUUAUAAGGACUGGUGGUUCAGAAGACAAUGGUUCUCGAGAGAAAUGAAUGAAAUUGAUCAUUAUAGAAAUUUAUUGGGUCGAUAUAUACCACCUUAUAACGAGUUAAGGAACAAUGUCGAUAUGCUAUUUUUAAACAGUCAUCCAGUGUGGAUGGGAAACCAGCCAUUACCACCUAAUGUUAUCUCCAUUUGGGGCAUACAUAAGAAACCUGACAAGGAAUUGCCAAAGGAUCUCCAAGAUUAUUUAGAUUCGUCAAAACAUGGUGUAAUUUAUGUAAGUUUUGGCACAAAUGCACCAUCGUGUUACCUUGCGUCGCAUUUUAUUGAGUUAUUAAAAAGAGUUUUAUCCAAAUUACCGUACGAUGUUCUGUGGAAAUGGGAAAAAGAUGAACUGCCUGGAAAAUCGCAGAACAUCAGAAUAUCAAAAUGGCUGCCACAAUACGACCUCCUAAAUCAUCCAAAAAUCAAACUCUUCAUAACACAAGGAGGGCUACAAUCAACGGAUGAAGCUAUCAAUGCUGGAGUACCUCUUAUUGGUAUACCGAUGCUUGGAGACCAAUGGUACAAUGUAGAAAAAUAUUUGUAUCAUGGAAUUGGAGUCAAACUUGAUAUGGAAACUGUAACUGAUAAAGAACUUGAAACAGCUAUAGACAAUGUUAUUCGUGAUAAGAGUUAUCGAGAAAAUAUAAUAAGACUUCGUACAAUAAUGAGCGACCAGCCCGAGAGCGCGCUGGAUCGCGCGGUGUGGUGGACGGAGUACGUGCUGCGACACGGAGGGGCGAAGCACCUGCGGGCCGCCGCCGCCAACAUGCCCUGGACUCAGUAUUAUGAGAUCGAAUUUGUGUUACAAUUACUUCUAAUUGCAUGUACUCUUCUUACAAUACCAAUUAUAGUUUUAUAUUCUUUAUGGAAAUAUUAUGUUUGUGAUAAAGUAGACAAAAAAAGUAAAACUUCGUAGCGAUAGAUUCAUAUGAUGUUAGUAAUAAAUUUUCCCUUAUUUGUUAAAUA